AAAAAAGUAAACAUUGACAAAUACUGAUAUAGAAAUCGACAAAAGUGGGAAAAGACAAUAGCAAGUCAGAAUGGCUGGACGCGAGGGCGGUAAGAAGAAGCCUCUAAAGGCGCCCAAGAAGGACUCGAAGAAUCUAGACGAGGAGGACAUGGCCUUCAAACAGAAGCAGAAGGAGCAGCAGAAGGCUAUGGAGGCGGCCAAGGCAGGUGCCUCCAAGAAGGGACCUCUUCUUGGCGGCGGUAUCAAAAAGUCCGGCAAAAAGUGAUCCAUUGCCACACCUUCAUCUGUAUAUCUUGGCAUAUUCAAAACACACCAAUGUGGACCAACUUUUAUUAUCCCUUGAAUUGAAGUCUUCACGUUAUUGUACAGCAAAUUACUGAAAAAACAUAUAACUUUUGGUGUUUGGU